CUGAGCCCAUAGAAGCUAAUAUUUCUUCUUUUUUCUUGCAUUGAAAGACAUUUGGAGAGGAACUGAAAAGUUACUGAAACGGGUUGGAGUGGGAAAGCAAACUUGUUCUACAGAGGAAAAGCCAGAGUCAGUCAAAUUACACAAGACGGUUGCCAAAUCCCUCCCAAGUUAUUUAUUUCGGAUUGUUUCUGCACCAUUUGUCAUUGCGAAGAAGAAAUGGGUCGUACCAGGGAAGUUGCUCGUCUAACAACCGGUGAAAUGUAUCCCCCUAGGAAGCGCCUCUGUACUACUCUGAAGAGUGGUACGAUACCGCCGAAGAGGUCUCCCACUGUGGUGGAUAUUCCAAGCAGCAGUUGUGAGUCUGACAAGUCCCAAGAGGAAGAGGAAGAGAAAGACUCCGAACCUGAGAUGGCCCAAGAUGAAGAGACAAGGUCCGAGUCUGAGAUGCCCCAAGAUGAUGAAGAAAUUGCUGUGUAUAGCCCCGAUUCCACUGAUGAAGAGGAGUCUGAGAAGUCCCAAGAUGAAGAGGCUAGCUCUGAUUCUGAGAUGCUGCCUCAUGAGGAAGAGGAAGACUCCGAACCUGCGAAGUUCCAAGAUGAAGAGACAGGGUCCGAGUCUGAGAUGCCCCAAGAUGAAGAGACAAGGUCCGAGUCUGGGAUGCCCCAAGAUGAAGAGACAAGGUCCGAGUCUGAGAUGCCCCAAGAUGAAGAAGAAAUUGCUGUGUAUAGCCCUGAUUCCACUGAUGAAGAGGAGUCUGAGAAGUCCCAAGAUGAAGAGGCUAGCUCUGAGUCUGAGAUGCUGCCUCAAGAGGAAGAGGAAGACUCCGAACCUGCGAAGUUCCAAGAUGAAGAGACAAGGUCCGAGUCUGAGAUGCCCCAAGAUGAAGAGGCAACUGCUCUGAAUGGCACCGAUAACCCUGCUCUGGUGGGCCGGAAUGAGGCCAAUGGUAGGGAAGUCUCGAGGGAGGAGUACGAUCAAGCUUUGAAGGCGAGAGAUAUGGCCUUGAACGAGCUGAAUAACUUGAGAGCAGAGCUAAAGGAGGUCCACAAUGACAGGUCUAGGGAUCUGGCUGAGUUCGAGUUAGGCAAGAAGGUGUUGGAGGCUGAGAAGAAAGCAUUGACUGAGAGACUCGAUAAGGAGUUUAGUAACUUUGCAGCAGAGCUAAAGGAUGUUCUGGAAAGCUUGUCCAAGAGCAAGGCUGAGUUGGAACAGACUUCCCGGGAACGGGAUGGCUACCGAAACAGCUUGGAAUUAGUGAAGAAGGAGUGGGAGGAUGAAAAGAAAGCUCUGACUGAGAGACUUAAUAAGGACUUCAAUAACUUUGGAGAAGAGCUAAAGGAGGUCCUGAAAAACUUGUCUGAGAGCGAAGCUGAGUUGGAGAAGACUUCCCAGGAACGGGAUACCUACCGAAGCAGCUUGGAAUUAGGGAACAAGGUCUGGGACGCUGAGAGGAUUGAAAUGGCAGAGAGGAUAGCAACAGUGAACAAGGAAAAGGAAAAUGCCUUGGAAUUGAGGAAAAAGGUAGCUGAGGCUGAGAGGAUAGAAAUGGCGGAGAGCACAGCAAUGGCGAACAAGGAAAAAGAAAAGGCUUAUUGCAAAGGAUACCUAGAUGGGUGGCUCAAGAAGCCUCAUGCUUAUGUCCACGCAUGGCAUGAUGCCAGAUUGGCCAAUGAGGUUACUGAUCUUCCUGUGUUGCAGAUGAUGAACAACCUGCCAAAAUCACAUGUCUAGAUCUAUAUAUCAGUUAGUUAGUGUGAAAGUUAUUGGCAUUUUAGUGCCAAUUUUUGCAGCCUCUAUUUUGUGGAGGUGGGUUCAUGGAGUUUUCUUAAACCCAUCAUGCCUAAUAGAGUAGGAUACAUCCUGUCAUGGAGUCUUUUGUAUACAUGGAAGCUGGAAAUGAAGUAUCUGAAUUGAUCUUAAUUACCUUCUUCA